CUCAUUGUCUCAUUGUAUUUGUACUUAAUUGCCAUAUUAAUUAGUACUAAGUACUAAUAAUUAGCAAGCAAGCAUGAAACUACAACAUGAGUAUCAUCUUCUUCUAAUUUUAUUUCUCUCAUGCAUCUCAAUGAGCUUUGGAGAUCUAUAUGGAAAUGCUCCGCCGCCACCUCCGGCGCCAAGCGGGGCUUUAGCGCCACCGCCACCUUUCAAGGUGGCCGGAAAACAGUUCCCACCGGAGAGCAUAGUUUGUAAUGACCCAAAUACUUCAUGUUUUGGUAGGACAUUGCAAUGUCCUAACCAAUGCCCUGAGCUUAAGCCUGCUGAUCCUAAGGCUAAGGCUUGCUUCAUUGACUGCAAUAGACCUGGUUGUGAAGAUGGUACAUGCCGGUCAAGAAAGCCGAAUUGCGAGGGCAAUGGAGCAGCAUGCUACGAUCCAAGAUUUGUAGGUGGAGACGGCAUAAUGUUUUACUUCCACGGCAAAGCCAACCACCACUUCGUCCUUGUCUCCGAUCAUAACCUCCAAAUAAACGCUCAUUUCAUCGGCAUUCGUCCGGCUGGCCGGCCUCGAGACUUCACUUGGAUUCAAUCCCUCGGUAUUCUCUUCGAAGACCACAGUUUCACACUCUCAGCAACUCAAACCUCAUCCUGGGACAACUCCCUUGAUCACCUUUCCUUCACCUUCGACGACACUACCAUUUACGUCGAUGAAGGAUAUCUUUCUUCUUGGACAUCCCCUUCGAAUAAACUCAAUGUCGAACGCACUUCAAUGGUGAAUAGCGUCACUGUAACAUUGCAGAAUGUAUUUGAAAUCAUGGUGACUGUUGUGCCGGUGACAAAAGAAGAUGAUAGAAUUCACAAAUAUCAAAUUCCGGAGAAUGAUUGCUUUGCUCAUCUUGAAGUGCAGUUCAAGUUCUUGAAGUUGUCGGAAAAAGUGGAGGGAGUGUUGGGGCAAACAUAUCGACCGGAUUUUGAGAAUCCGGUGAAGAGGGGAGUGUCGAUGCCGAUAAUGAGCGGCGAAGAAAGGUACAUUACUAGUUCUUUGCUCUCGCCGAGUUGCAAGUAUUGCAUUUUCUCUCCGGAGAAGAAGAAGAAUGUGGUUGGCAAAAAGCCGGAAAUUUCACAUGGUGCCAUGGAUUGCACUAGUGAGGUUUCUAAUGGAUAUGGAGUUGUUUGCAGAAGGUGAAGGGAGAAGUGCUGAAGGUUUAAUGAAGGGAAUAUUUAAUAUAUGGUUGAAUAAAAGGGUUUAUGGAGUUAUAUAUUUGCUUUUAAGAAUAUUAUGAAGAAAUGUAUACUGAGGUUGAUUAUAU